GGGUGGGGCUGGAUGUUCCGCAGGGCCGAAGGCCCUUCAGUGGCCGGGAUGAGCUCCGGGGAGGACGGCGGCCUGGGAGGCCUGGGGAGGGCUGCGGAGCUCCAGGGAGAAGCCGCGGAGGUUAACACCAAAGAACAUCAGAUUGGUCUCGGGGCUCCAGUUUCUGAAGCUGGAAGAAGCCAGAAUACUUUCCAACUAGAACAAGAAGUGAGAAACCAAGAUAGAUUCAUCUCUACACUGAAAUUACAGGUUAAAGAUCUCAAACAGACAAAUCAUGACUUGGAAGAAUAUGUUAGGAAACUCUUGGAUAGUAAAGAGGCGGUAAGCACUCAAGUAGAUGAUUUAACCAACCACAAUGAGCAUCUUUGUAAAGAGUUGAUUAAACUUGACCAACUAGCAGAGCAAUUACAAAAAGAAAAGAAUUUUGUGGUGGACACUGCCGACAAGGAACUUGAAGAAGCAAAGGUUGAACUCAUUUGUCAGCAAAAUAAUAUAACAGUAUUAGAAGAUACAAUUCAAAGGCUUAAAUCCAUAAUUUUAGAGACUGAAAAAGCACAAAAUACAUCUCCUUCUAGACUUGAUUCCUUUGUCAAGACUUUAGAAGCAGACAGAGAUUAUUAUAAGACUGAAGCUCAGAAUUUGAGAAAAAUGAUGAGAAGUAGAUCUAAGAGUCCAAGACGCCCAUCGCCAGCUUCCCGGGCGCAGGAAGAAAUUGCUCGACUUCGACGAGAAAUGAUGAAAAGCUGUAAGUCUCCUAAGUCAACCACAGCACAUGCUAUUCUUCGUCGGGUAGAGACGGAGAGAGAUGUAGCCUUCACUGACUUACGAAGAAUGACCACAGAGCGAGACAGUCUGAGGGAAAGGCUCAAGAUUGCUCAAGAGACAGCAUUCAAUGAGAAGGCUCACUUGGAACAGCGGAUAGAGGAGCUGGAGUGCACAGUCCACAACCUUGAUGAUGAGCGCAUGGAACAAAUGUCAAACAUGACUUUGAUGAAGGAAACCAUAACCACUGUGGAAAAAGAAAUGAAAUCAUUAGCAAGAAAGGCAAUGGACACCGAGAGUGAGCUUGGCAGACAAAAAGCAGAGAAUAAUUCUUUGAGACUUUUAUAUGAAAAUACAGAAAAAGAUCUUUCUGAUACUCAACGACAUCUUGCUAAGAAAAAAUACGAGCUACAGCUUACUCAGGAGAAAAUUAUGUGCUUGGAUGAAAAAAUUGAUAAUUUCACGAGGCAAAAUAUUGCACAGCGAGAAGAAAUCAGCAUUCUUGGUGCAACCCUCAAUGACCUGGCUAAAGAAAAGGAAUGCCUGCAAGCGUGUCUGGAUAAAAAGUCUGAGAACAUUGCAUCCCUUGGCGAGAGCUUGGCAAUGAAAGAAAAGACCAUUUCAGGCAUGAAGAAUAUCAUUGCUGAAAUGGAGCAGGCAUCAAGACAGUCUACUGAAGCCCUGAUUAUGUGCGAACAAGAUAUUUCCAGAAUGCGCCGGCAGUUGGACGAGACAAAUGAUGAGCUGGGUCAGAUUGCCAGGGAGAGAGAUAUCUUGGCUCAUGAGAAUGACAAUCUUCAAGAGCAGUUUGCUAAAGUCAAACAAGAAAACCAGGCACUGUCCAAAAAGCUGAAUGAUACUCAUAACGAGCUCAGUGACAUAAAGCAGAAGGUCCAGGAUACGAAUCUGGAGGUUAACAAGCUGAAGAACAUAUUAAAGUCUGAGGAAUCUGAGAACCGGCAAAUAAUGGAACAACUCCGAAAAGCAAAUGAAGAUGCUGAAAACUGGGAAAAUAAGGCCCGCCAACUAGAGGCAGAAAACAAUACCCUCAAACUGGAACUUAUCACCGCUGAAGCGGAGGGCAACAGAUUAAAGGAAAAAGUGGAUGCCCUUAACAGAGAAGUUGAGCAACACCUAAACGCAGAGCGCUCUUACAAAUCCCAGAUUGCAACUUUACACAAGUCUCUUGUGAAGAUGGAGGAGGAGCUUCAGAAGGUUCAAUUUGAAAAGGUGUCUGCACUCGCAGAUUUGUCUUCCACAAGGGAACUCUGCAUUAAACUUGACUCAAGCAAAGAACUUCUUAAUCGACAGCUGGUUGCCAAAGAUCAGGAAAUAGAAAUGAUGGAGAAUGAGCUGGAUUCUGCGCGCUCUGAAAUAGAACUGCUCAGGAGUCAGAUGACCAAUGAGAGGAUCUCCAUGCAGAAUCUUGAGGCUCUGCUGGUGGCCAACCGAGACAAAGAGUACCAGUCUCAGAUAGCACUACAGGAAAAGGAGUCUGAGAUCCAGCUGCUGAAGGAGCACCUUUGCCUGGCUGAGAACAAAAUGGCCAUCCAGAGUAGAGAUGUGGCACAGUUCAGAAAUGUUGUAACACAGUUAGAAGCAGAUUUGGACAUUACAAAAAGGCAACUAGGGACAGAACGAUUUGAAAGGGAAAGGGCUGUCCAAGAACUUCGCCGCCAGAAUUACUCAAGCAAUGCUUAUCAUUUGGGUUCAAUGAAGCCAAAUACAAAAUGUCACUCACCAGAGCGUGUUCACCAUCGAUCUCCUGACCGAGGCCUUGACCGAUCAUUAGAAGAGUAAGUGUGCACAGGACCUGGAGUGUAGCCAUGUUCACAGUGAGAUUUGAGGACGUGAGGAAACUGAUACUAAACUUGGUUAUUAAUAAGACAUGGUGGCACCAAAAAUAAAGAGUUUUCAUCUGUAAAUGAGUUUUAUAUGAAUACUGCACUGAAAUGAACUAGCUCUAAGGACACCCAGUACUGUACUGUAAUAGUGUUUUGUUCCUCCUCUCAUUUUGUAAUAUUUGAAAUCAGAGCUAAGGCCUCAUCCUUAGCUCAGCAAGCACAGUGCACUGAUCUCAGUCAUCACCUACAUUCUGUGUUGUCAAAGUCGAAAUUCUCUUGCUUGUUGCUUUUUCAUGUACAUUUAUUACAAACUGUGGGUUAAUUGCUAUUGUACCAUAGAAUAUGUAUGCACCAGGAAAAGUAUUUUUUUAUUUACUUUUUCAGACUUUAUUGUUAUAUUUCACAAAUGUUUAAAAGGUUUAUGUGAGAAUAAUUAAAAUGUGUAUGAACUAAACAUGUAAAACUAAAAAUACCUCUCACUCAAUUCACUAUUGUUAAAAUUUUAUCCUGUUUGUUUUAUUAUAUAAAGAAGUGUCUUGUGUAA